GCUUUUCAUGGACGAUAAUGGAAAACUAAAUUUGGAUAUCCCUGCUUUUUUAUUGGUUGUUUUCAUUCGCGCCAAGACAAAUCGUUACUGCAUAGCCAAUAAUAUCUAAGCUAAAUGCAAUAGAAUUAUUUGCCGCUCCUCUGAUAAUACGACGAAAUUUGCUACUUGAAAAUCGUCCAUAGUGUUUUUCUUUCUUUUUUUUAAUCAUCGAUUUUCCGAAGAAUACCGAUUAGAUCCGAGAACGAACGAGACGUCGCUGCGUUAAUCUGGUAUUUCAUUCGCGCGAAUGGUUCGUCACGUCCGCCCAGUUUAGUAAGAUAAUUUUAUGCAUAUAAAUAUGCAGUUGUGUCGUUCGUAUCAACGGUCACAGACAGACAGCAGUAUUUAAGAUUUUAAUUUUACUUUGUUAAAAAGUUACAAAUCAUUCAUCCUGUAAAAAAUGUCGGAACUUCGAAAAAGAACUGUGGAAGAUGCGUCCGCAGCUACGCGGGAUGUCACUGAUGAUCAGCUAAUAACAGGGACGCGUCAACAUUGUUUGCCCCCGCUAAAGGAAGAAAUCGAAUCCGAAGAUGACGCGAAAUUGGAGGUAGAGGAUCUUUCUAAAACAUUGCCGCAAGGAACUCAUCAUACUCCUCAAAUUUUAAAUCCUGUUCUUUCUGGUCUUUCAGAUCGUUGGAAGAAUUGGAUUAUUAGAAGUAUUUCAACGUCGGUAAUGAUAGCUGUAUUUGGUUUUAUUAUAUAUGGUGGGCCAUUAGUACUUAUGAUUACGACAUUAAUAGUUCAAGUUAAAUGUUUUGAAGAAAUCAUUAAUAUUGGAUAUGCAGUAUAUAGAAUUCAUGGUUUACCAUGGUUUAGAUCUUUAUCCUGGUAUUUUUUAAUAACUUCAAAUUAUUUCUUCUAUGGUGAGAAUUUAAUGGAUUACUUUGCAGUUGUAAUCAAUCAAACGGAAUAUUUGCGUGUACUCGUGACAUAUCACCGAUUUAUUUCAUUCUGUCUAUACAUUGUUGGUUUUGUUUGGUUUGUACUGUCACUCGUAAAGAAAUAUUAUAUGAAACAAUUCUCUUUGUUUGCAUGGACACACGUUGCGUUACUUAUAGUAGUGACACAAAGUUAUCUUAUAAUACAAAAUAUUUUCCAAGGACUUAUAUGGUUUAUCGUACCAGUAAGUAUGAUAGUUAUAAACGACGUUAUGGCUUACAUGUUUGGAUUCUUUUUUGGAAGAACACCUUUGAUAAAAUUGUCUCCGAAGAAAACGUGGGAAGGUUUUAUAGGUGGAGGAAUUUCGACAGUUUUCCUUGGAUUAUUGAUGUCCUAUGUUAUGUGCCAAUAUCGCUAUUUCAUUUGUCCUAUCGAGUAUAGCGAAGUUUUAGGUAGGAUGACAAUGGAUUGUGAACCGUCUAGUUUAUUUCAACCACAAGAAUAUCUUUUGCCAAAGAGUUUUCAAAUCAAUGGAAAAGAGACAUUGACUUUAUAUCCCUUUUUACUUCACUCUUUGUCAAUGUCUAUAUUUAGUUCUGUCAUUGGGCCAUUUGGAGGAUUUUUCGCCAGUGGUUUUAAACGUGCUUUCAAAAUUAAGGACUUUGGAGACGUAAUUCCUGGUCAUGGUGGAAUAAUGGAUAGAUUUGAUUGUCAAUAUUUAAUGGCAACGUUUGUCAAUGUUUAUAUUUCAUCAUUUAUACAAACAGCUUCACCUCAAAAACUUUUGCAACAGGUAUAUAGUUUAAAACCAGAACAACAACUACAAUUAUUUCAAUCUUUAAAAGAUUCAUUAGAAAACAGAGGUCUGCUAAAUAUAUAUUGAUUUAAAAGAAUACACAUCUCUUAACGAUUAUUGCAAGAAUUUCUAUAGCAUACAAUGAAUGUAUGAGAGAAAUUAUUACUGUCAUUUCUGUAAGUGUCAAUCAACAGGAUGUACAAUCGAAGAAUAUCAGUAACUGAUAAAUAGAGAUUAACCAAUCUCUGUUACAAUCUUUUAUCGAAAUCGUAGAAAAUUGAUAAACAUGCCAUAAAAUAUUUGCGAUUCUUUGUGCAUUCCGCAUAAGUUAGACGAAAUAUUGUAACUGAUUCUUUACGUGCCUCUUAUUAAGAAAUGCCACUUUCUUUUCUAAUAGCACAAGCCAAAGAAUAUUGCCUUUGAUAAAUCCUGUGUUUUGUAUAUUAGCUUUUGCGUAUCAAUCUUUAUAAUCAUAUAUUUACUUCUUUAAUCAGGUACAAAUAAUGUUCAACAAGGGAACAUAUUUUUCCAUCCAAUUAUAUAUUAAAUAUUACAAGUAUCUAUAUUUAUCAGAUCUCAAUACAUUAGUUGCUAAUAAUUACGCAUUUAUGAAUCAAUUUUGCAAGAAUGUCUUAUUAGACGUGCAGCGUAAUUUUUUUUAAUAAUUGACAUUCAACGAUUAUUAUAUAUAUAUAUAUAUAUAUAUAUAUAUAUAUAUAUAUAUGUGUGUAUGAUAUAUAUCAUAUAUAUAUAUAUGUAUGAUAUAUAUGAAAAUCAAGUGAAUUAAUUUAUUUAUAUUAAUGUGGAUACUUGCAUGUUCCUCUAGAAAAUUAUAUUUACUAUUUGUUGCGGAUUAUACAUUAUAUGCAAGUAUUAAUAGCAAUUCUGAUUAGACAUUUUUAAGAAAAAAAAUAUAGGACUUAAGAAAAAAUAUAGAUUUCAUCUUGUAUUCGAUGUUGUAUAAAAUAUUUAUUUAAUAACAAAUUAUUAUAUAAUGACACCUAAAUGAAAUUUAAAUAUUUUGUGAGAGUAUAUAAUUCUUCCUUAAAUAUUUAUAUUUCUUUGCUCUAAGUUGAAAAUUUUGACUGCGUUGAAUAAAAACUUGUUGAAUGUCACAAGAUAAAGAACAAUCCUUCUAUAUAAGAAAUCUUCCCAAAUUAGAAAAGUACAGUAUUGUAACAGAUGCAAAUAUAGUGGUAUUUAUCGUUUGUUUUUAUAAAUUUUAGUACUUAUUAUUUCUAUAAUAUAUUCUAAUGUACUAGAGAUUUCAUAAAAUUUAAUUAUAUUGUUUUUUUUUUCCUUUUUUUUUUUUUUUUUUUGUAUAUAUGUAUGUACCAUAAUGGUUAAUAUGUUAUAAAAGCGCAAAUACAAACGAAGAUGUUUCCAAAUAUCGCACGUCUGUACUAAGUUGUGAUAAAUGAAAACAUCGUUGUUUGCAGAAUAAACAUAACUGUAAUAUGACGAUACAUUUAUUUAAUAAGAUAGAAAUGUUAUGAUUUAUCAUUCUAUUAUUUGAUAUAGUAAGAGCUCUAUAAUAAUUUGAAAAAUUGCAGAGCAUGCAUAAACGUAACCGAAUAGUUACAAACAUCGGCACCUGAUAUUAUUUCAUUUUCAAACGUUCCUAAUAUGUAACCUUGAAUUGCGCCAAUUGUCAACCAUAAAAAUAUUAUUAACGUUUAAUACUAUUUUCCAUGCAUUCUAUAUUAUCUGUUAAGUUGACAUGGCACAAUUACUUGGUAUUUUUAUGUGAUUGUAUUACAUUUCCAAAUAAAAUGCUGUAAGUCUUUCUUGCAGUCGAUGAACCAGAUAUAUAACGCGCGGAUAAAAUACAAAAUGUACCUAACUAAUAUAAACUAAUGUUUGUACAUUUCUUUAUUAUUACAUUACGUAUUAACAGAUUUUGAUGUUGAAAUCUAAAUGUUAAAGAAAGUUAUGGUCUAUUUGAAUUAGAAGAUAAAUAGAGAAAAAAAAAGAAAGAAAAAAUAAUAGAUAAAUGGUUAAAGAUAAGUAUAUUUAUUUAUUAGACAAUAUAAGAAAAAAAUUAUAUAUAUAUAUACAUAUACAUAUACAUAUACAUAUAUAUCUAUAUCUGUAUGGAUUUAUGUAAUGUAACAUAAAUUCUCUAUUUUAACGUACGAUACUCUGUAUGUAUAAAAGGAGAUUUAUGUGCAGUAACAAAUAGAUUAUAUAAAUAAACAUAUAUGAAACCGAUAUAACUUAAAUACAAAUUUAUAGUAAUAAUAUAUUUAUGUAGUGACAUUGUAACAAUAAAAUAUGAUUUGUCGUUAUAUAAGUGACAUUUAAUUCUUUAUCGAAAACUAAUCAAAAAACUCUCUCAUAUUUGACAAUAUAUUUUUAUAUAAAAAUACUAGAAAUUUUAUUGUUUUAAUACUUGGAAUUUGUAAUUAUCGUAGACUAUCGGAUAAUCAAAUUUCAAAUUUCAUGAUUUCGCUAUUAACGUUAAUGGGAUAAAAAGAAAAGUGAAACUAACAUAAGAAAUACUAGAUUUUUUUAAGUCUUUAUAGGUUUCUUAUUAAAUAUCAAACAUUUAAAAAUACAUCAGAGAAAAAACUUUGUUAUUGCAUAUUGCAGUGUUAUUGCUUAUUGCAUUCUUUAAUAUGAUCAAUAAAGAAAAAAAAAAUUAAUUAAGAGAAAUCAAUGUGUAUAUGUAUAUACGUAUAUACACACACAUGUGUAUAUUUGAAAUAUCACUUCAAUGCCUCGCAUUGCAGAUAGACAUAAACGUAAACAAAAUAAAUGAUCGAGCUCUCGACCUCGAGUCAAGCUCGAAGCUAGCAGACACAUCACUGCGUCACGACAUUCGCUCGUGUAAACAUUUCAUUCAUAGCGUUUUAAAAAAAAAAAUGAAAUUCUUUCUUCUAGAAUUUUUGCGAUCUUUUAUAGAUACAUAUGAAAAAGGAUUUCAACAUGCGUUAACUGCCACAUGUUACAAAAAAAAAAAAACAGGACAAUCAGUAUUGUUUACCAUGUAAUUUGUUUUAUAAAUUACGCGAUAAGCAUUACCGAACCGAUCGACUAUAUAUUAAUUUUUUAGUAUCGAUCUUAUUAAGUUGAUUUUCAUAUUACGAACAUUAGGUUUAAACGAACAAAUGAUUAUUCGCAUUGAUAAUAUUAUCGAUAAUGUGUUGUAGAUUAAGUAUUCUAUAAGAAACCUAUUAUUAACUUCUUUUCAUUAUUUUUUUUUCUUUUUGUUUAUCUGCGAUACCGUGCAAUAUAAACAAUUAGAAUUAAUUGUAAUAAACAUUGAUAUGUGAUAUUUAAUGUCGUCGGUAAAAAAGCAAACUGUACUUAAACGUAAUUGAAAUUACACGAAAGAUUUAAGUUU